AUGACUAUCCAAGCUGUGGCAGUUUAUAUAGAGCCAGUGCCCACUGAGCGUUUCAAGCUCAGCCAGUAUGCCAGCUGCGCAAGCUUUAUAUCGGCCUUUGCCCGCACUGUCGAAUUUUCGAUGUUUCCAAAAGGCGAAGGGACACUGGUGCAUGUUUCGACAAUACGUCGUUUGGGACAAAUUGCAACAGCCAUGACAAGAGGAGUUGUCUGUAUGCUGAUACCGCGGCGCCCUGACGUAUAUUGGAACGGAAGGCCUGUUGAUGCAGAGCUCACGGUUUCCAUUCUGAACCGGCUUUCUUUCGCCUGGGCGGAGCCUCUACUAAAGUAUGUCUCGAUAAAUCGGAGCCUCGAAUUCGACAACCUGCCUCAGCUGGCCCACUCGAAAAGAGCGGAGUAUCUGCUCUCGCGCCUCACAGUCGCUAGGGCUAGCCGAAGAAAGUUAUCGGAAGCACUUGCCACCAUUCACAUUCGAUCCUUCAUACAACAGGUGGUCCUCACGGUAGUGUCUUCAGCUUUGAGCGUCGGUCCGCAGGUUGCAUUAUAUGAGAUUUUGCGAUGCCUUGAAGUUCGUGGAUUGGACCCUUCAGCAUCAUGGCGAUCUUGGCAAUGGGUUGGUAUCUUGGGUGCUUCAACUACCCUGCUCACCGCUCUGCAGUCUUGGGUACAGUGGCUGAACAAUGCUGAGGUAUGCAUUCCGAUGGUGGGAGAAAUCCUCACAGCCAUUUAUGCGAAGGCUUUACGCACCAAGAGUAUCAGACAUCUGCCAUCUGACCUUGGUGUCGGAAAGAGAGAUAAAGACGCGGAUCAAAAGAAAUCUGGAGACUCCCCGCACAGUACUAUUAAUCUUGCAGCAGUGGACUCGGAGCGCAUCAUCGACUUCGCCGGAUAUACGUAUCUGGUGCCUUCAGCACUGCUAAGGUUACUUUUUCCUACAUAUUCUUAG